AAGAAAUGUGUAGGGAAUGAAAUAAAAGAAGAAGAAAGACCCAACCCUUACGCACCCUCUCUUGUUUGGAAAUCUGAAACUGAAAGGAAGGAAGGAAGAAAGAAAGGGUUUGGUUGAGUGUGGUGUGGUUUGGUGAGUUAAUAAUCGAUCGAUAUGUCAGGAAAGGGUGCAAAGGGGCUUAUAACGGGUAAAACCCCAGCUUCAGGGAAGGACAAGGAUAAGGAUAAGGAUAAGAAAAAACCUGUUUCUCGCUCCUCUCGCGCUGGUCUUCAGUUCCCUGUUGGUCGUAUCCAUCGUCUUUUGAAGCAAAGGGUGACUGCCAAUGGAAGAGUUGGGGCCACAGCUGCAGUGUAUUCUGCUGCUAUCUUGGAGUAUUUAACGGCAGAGGUAUUGGAGUUGGCUGGCAAUGCAAGCAAGGAUCUGAAGGUGAAGCGUAUUACCCCAAGACAUUUACAGCUUGCUAUACGCGGAGAUGAAGAACUUGACACCCUCAUUAAAGGAACGAUUGCAGGUGGUGGUGUUAUUCCUCAUAUCCACAAGUCUCUUAUCAACAAAUCCUCAAAGGAGUGAGGGUUGAAAGAAUAUUCUGAUUAACCUUGGAGAUGAGUAUUACUGUAAAUUUGAUGGUAUUUUGACUAGUGGAUAAUUUGCCUGUUGUGUUAGUUUGGUAGUAAGAGACCUCCUGUAGUAAUUCUUAUAUCUUUAUUUGACCUGUAUUGACUGACAUGCUGGCUUCUGUGCUGUGGUGCUUCAAGCUACAUGAGACCAGCUGUUUAGGAAUUAGAAUGUAUGUUAGAACAUGGUUAAUUUUCUUGUUCACCCUAUUCUCUAUGAUGUUUUGAACUGCUUGGCAUAUGCAAGAUUUGGCAAAUCCUUGGUGGACCAGUCUUCUGCCGCUCGUUUCAUUCGUUUCCAGAUACUCUCUUCUCUUUGCCAGAACUAAAUUCAUAUCUCUCCAUGAAUGAACGGAUGGCAUCUUCGUUUUCCUGACAUACACUCUUCAUGCUUUGGGCCUCUCCUUUAGAUCCAAUAACUAACCAUUUGGGCCAUCAACCCUAUCAGGAUGCAAGGGAAAUGAAUCGACAACCAAAUUAAUUCUUUAAAUUGUAAGUUUAGAUCAUUUUAAUUUUCAAUUUUAUAAAAAAAAUAUUUUAGUCCUUGGUUUUUUUUAAAUAUUUGUUUUGAUCUUUUUCUACUUUGUUUUAUAUUAAAAGAUACUAAAAUCAUUAUUGUUUUACAAAGUAAAAGAUCAAAGCAUGAUGUUUAUAAAGUAUGAUUAAAGUGAUCCACACUUAUAAUUUAAGAAAUUAAAAUGGAUUUUUAUUCUUUAUUGUUUGACCCCAAUUGGGUGGUGGAUACAAUCUGAAUCAUGAACUUUGAUAAUGAGGCUACAACCUAAAUAAAUAACUUGAUAAUGUUCUUAAGAAAAAAACAUCGCAUAGUUGAAUAUCAUAGUUUCACAACUUUACUAAAUGGGCAAAUGAAGCUGCAUAAUGUUGCCACGUCGCCUAGAUAGCUGAGAAUUUGGGAACAUCAACUGGAAACUGAUGAAUUUCAUCCUUCCAUGGAUUGUUUUCCUUUUCUGGGUUCACUUUCCUGAGAGCCUUCCAAACUGCACUGUUGCAUUUGAAUCCAGAUCCAAAUGCAAUUUGCCAUAACCUAUGGCCCCUUUUUAUCCUUCCUUUGGCUUCAAUGUAAGCCAAUUCAAACCAAAGUGAGCUGCUGGAAGUGUUGCCAAACCUGUAAAGGGUCAUCCUGGAGGGUUCCAUGUGCCAGUCUGUGAGUUGGAGGUUCUUCUCGAUUUCAUCCAGCACAGCUCUUCCACCCGCAUGAAUGCAGAAAUGAUCAAAAGCUAACUUAAAAUCAGGUAUAUAAGGCUUCAUUUUCAUCUUGAAAACUUUUCUUGCUACUAAGUUGGCAAAAAAGAUCAACUGUUCAGACAUUGGCAACGCAAGAGGACCCAAAAUAGUAAUGUUGGUCUUCAAAGCAUCACCAGCAACUGUCAUGAGAUCCUUUGACAAAGAAACACCAACCCUUCCUGUGGAGUCUUCCCUUUGGGUAAUACAAGAGAAGCUCUUGUCAUCAGCACCUUUGUGAGUCCUAACUGUGUGCAUCAACUGAUACUUGGAUCGAAAUCUAUCCCACCUCUUGUUAGAAAGCAAGAUUGCAGCUCCUCCCAUUCUAAACAAACAGUUAGAAACAAGCAUUGAUCUAUCAUUCCCAAAAUACCAGUUCAAGGUGAUGUUCUCCAUGCUAAUGAUGAGAGCAUAAGAAUUUGGAUGAACACUAAGAAGUUCCUUGGCAAGAUCAAUAGAAAUCAAACCAGCACCACAACCCAUGCCAGCAAGAUUGUAAGUAAGAAUGUUCCCAUUAAGGUUGUAAUGGUUAAUAACCAUAGCAGCCAAAGAAGGUGUGGGGUUAAACAAACUACAGUUCACAAUCAGAAAUCCAAUGUCUUUUGGCUUCACCCUUGUCUUCUGAAAUAGCUCUUCAACAGCACCAAUCAUGACAGCCUCAGCUUCCUUCCUGGCCUCUGCCAUUGAUGGGUUUGGAGGAAUUCUUGUAACAGCUUCAGGGAGGUAUGUUGACUCACCAAGCCCCGAUCGUUCCAGAAUCUUGCGCUGGAACUCGAGGCUUUGGUCAGUGAAAGCUCCUGUCAUACUAGCACAAUCCAUGAAUAUCUGCCUUGGGCAUUGGCGUGCAUCCUCAGCUUUGUAGCAUGAAAAAUCAACAAGGUAAAUUGGUAGAGGCCCAGAUAGAAAAUAAAGGGUCAACAAGAACACAAGGAGAGCUAUGCAAAGGAACACAAAUAUGAGAUUGAAGUGCAUAUAGCCCCAAAUGUCAUGCAAAUCUUGGACUGAGAGUGUGGAGAGACAUGGCGAUAUUAGAACCACAAAAAGUGAUAAGAACAGUAACAUUGCAUGGGUGAUGAGGUAGUGAUAGCCUAGCUUCACGUAUUUCAAUGUCAUUGAUUGUUUUAAAUCAGGAAGCUUUGAUUGGAUCAAUGGAGAAUUUUGAUUUGUUUCUGACAUCUUUUGUGAUGUUUUAAGCGAUGGGGUGCAAACAGGACCAAGCGGAAAAUGGACGUGAUUAAAGUUUGUUAUGCCUUGUGCCAAUGUAACAGUGAGAACAAAGAAACAUGAAUAUUGUUACUUAGAAAAGAAUGUGAACUUUAUGAGAAAUUUGUGAUCUGCGUUGUUUGGGACUGUCAAGAAAUGCAAGUCAGAACCAUAGCAACCACUCUGCAAAACAUGAAUGAUCCAUCGUCAAUGCACAUAAAUAGCAUGAAUUUGUGUGUGUAUAUAUAUGAUAAAUGAAAACAAAAAUCUUCAUACGAGUACUUACUAGACUGGGAGAAUGAAUUGGGCUGAUUGUUCAAGCAUUGCAAAAU